GCCACCCCGGAGCCUUCUUCGCUGUCUAGCCAUGGUCAACCCUACCGUGUUCUUCGACAUCGCUGUCGACGGCGAGCCCUUGGGCCGCGUCUCUUUUGAGCUGUUUGCAGACAAAGUCCCGAAGACAGCAGAAAACUUUCGUGCUCUGAGCACUGGAGAGAAAGGAUUUGGUUAUAAAGGUUCCUGCUUUCACAGAAUAAUUCCGGGAUUUAUGUGCCAGGGUGGUGACUUCACACGCCAUAAUGGUACUGGUGGCAAGUCCAUCUAUGGCGAGAAAUUUGAUGAUGAGAAUUUCAUUCUGAAGCAUACAGGUCCUGGCAUCUUGUCCAUGGCAAAUGCUGGCCCCAACACAAACGGUUCCCAGUUUUUCAUUUGCACCGCCAAGACUGAGUGGUUGGAUGGCAAGCAUGUGGUCUUUGGCAAAGUGAAAGAGGGCAUGAAUAUUGUGGAAGCCAUGGAGCGCUUUGGGUCCAGAAACGGCAAGACCAGUAAGAAGAUCACCAUUGCUGACUGUGGACAAAUCUAAUAAAUUUGACUUAUGUUUUACUUAACCACCAGACCAUUCCUUCUGUAGCCCAGGAGAGCACCCCUUCACCCCAUCUGCUCGAAAUAUCCUAUAGUCUUUGUGCUCUCGCUACAGUUCUUUGGAUUCCAUAUUUUCCUUAUCCCCCUCCAAGUUUAGCUGGAUUGCAAAGUUAAAUUUAUGAUUAUGAAAUAAAAACUAAACAGUUAUCUGUCUUUGUUUGCA